UACCAAGUCGACUAGUUCACUCGGCCGCUGAAGGAUUGGAGCAUGUGUGUGCUCAGACAUAAAAAGCAGGAUUGCUACGCUCAUCUUUCGAAGUAUAACACCUUCAAUCAAUUCGGAGUAUCCAAUCCAUCAUCCACUAGCACCAUUUCUUGGAAGUUGACAUUUAUCAUCUGACUGAUUACCAUUCACAAAGCUUAUCACACCGCGAUCAUGCCUUCUUUGACUCUUACUCACACGGUAGCUCCAGUCAUUGGGGUGAAGCGAGAGAGUGAAGCGCCGUUGAUCAAUCCCAAAAGAAGAGCCGAGGUUCCGGACAUUAUAGAAAUCGACAAUUUCCCCGAUGUGGCAGACGGUGCUCGAGUCCAGUCCGUCGCCCAUACGUCUCAUUUGGAAGACGGCGCUCGUGUCCGGUCUGUUGCUCAAAAUCAUCGAGGUGUUAAUCCGGAAGCCGCUACACAAUACUUUGACCGUGACAUUGAAAAAGAACUCGCCCAGCUUGACAAUCAUAUCAUCAAGUGGGAAGUUGCGCGGUCCAUCUUUUCCUACCCAGUUGAAGAUCAACGCAAGGUGCUCGCCAGUGAUCUUCCAUCCGAUCCACGCGACUUGAACUUGACCACGAUUGUGCCGGGAUGCGGGGUAGACUACGACUACGACAUGCAGAUGUCCACCGUGAUUGAUCAGAUCAAGCAUGAGAUGAAAUCCGAGGAGAAUCCGACAGACGAGAGCCCAAUCCAAAGACUGAUUCGCUCCGGCGAUGUCCGCUUUGCCAUCGACCUGUCAUUAUCAGAGACUGGUUGGCGAAGCAAAAUGACCAAUGCGCGUCUAGCAACUUCGAACGAACUCUUGAGAACAUAUGGCUCCGAUUGUUGGAUCCAAUUCCAUCUGAGCGAGGCGAUGUUGUUCCAAAUACAGUGGAGUGGCCGAAGAAUCGGAGUUGGGAAUGAGAUGUGGCAGUUUUUUCAUCGACCGCUUAGGUUCUGUCACAGAGUUUAUCGUUCGGCUCUCGUCAAGGAUGAAUGUGUCUGGUUCUUCACCUCACCCAUGAAUUGCCCAAGGCCAAUGUAUACAACCGACAUGAUUCAAAAGCAAUUACCUCUUGAGCUCAAUCCAACAAUGAAGAUAUCAAAAUUUAACUCUCGAUUGCAACUUGGUCUUUCAACAACCACGCCUAGCAUCAAGUUUAAUCUCAACCAAAUCCGAAGGGUUCCCGAUAUAUACACAAGCUCUUUGCGGAUCAGCAAAGAACUUAUGUCGGACAUAGCCACCAAGUUGGGACUAUCAUAUGUGCCGUCGGCAAUUUCGGGGGCCCAUAAGGUGACAGAAGCUAACUAUGUUGGGCAAAAAUACUCGUGGGCUCUAUUUGACCCGGUGGGAUUACCCGGACAAAUCCUACUCCAAGUAUGGAGUAACGAUCACAUCAGCAAUGGAUUGAUAAAAUUUUUCAAGUUCCAAUUUAGUAUUCCGGUUUAUGUGCCAUCAUCUAGACGCUGGAAGGACGUUCAAUGCGAUAUUGUUGUUCCACGGAUGCGCAUCGAGAUAAGAAAAGGCAAGCCGACCGACGAGGUAAUGAUGACGGACGGUGCCGCUGCAAUAGGUUGGGGAGCUGCGCUAGGCAUCAAAAAAGCUCUUGGACUGAGUUAUCUUCCAGCGGCAUAUCAAGCGCGAAUAUUGAAAAGUAAAGGAUUGUGGUACUUGAGUCGAGAUCUUGACAAGGACGGUUUUUGGAUUGAGAUUCGCGAUAGCCAAUGGAAAGGUGACGUGCGGUGCAAGCCAGGUGAUGCGAUAACAUUCAACAUAUGUAACUUCUCUACUCGAGCCAAAGCCGGGCAUGUCAACCGACAAUCAAUUCCGGUGAUAGUUUCGAGAAACGUGCCGGUUUCAGUAUUCACGGAUCGGCAAAGGGAGGCGUUCAAAGCAGUUUUGGAUGAACUGACGUCGACCAACCCAGUCCACCUAUCCCAAGCGCUCGAGGUCCACGGCCACUUGUUGAACCUCAAAGCCAAACGACUCACGACAACCACCAACAGCUUUGUCAGGAAGGAGGUGGACGAGGUCGGAGUGACUUGGGAAAAAUAUUCCAACCGUCCGUGUAAUGCGAUGGAAGAGAUUGUCGAAUUACUCAAAAGCGGCUUCACUGCCCGAAAUAAUCGGGUUGUGGACAGACUGAAUGUUGCCGGAAAACAGAUCUGCGAAAAAAUGAUGAACUUCAAGGUAGAAAUUAGCAGUAGUGCAACUAUUUAUGCAAUACCCGAUCCGACCGGAACCCUCAAAGAGGGGGAGGUAUUUCUGCGUCUCUCUCGGUUCAGAGAUCCCAAGACUUCUGUUCCGGUUAACAUCUUGAAGGGGGAUUGCGUCGUUGCCAGAUCCCCAUGCGUGCUUCCAACAGAUGCAAGAAAAGUCAAAGCUGUAACCAAUCAGCGGUUAGCAUGCUAUGAAGACGUUCUAGUGUGUUCAAUCCAGGGAAAAAAGUCUCUUCUUGAUUACCUUUCUGGCGGCGACUAUGAUGGUGAUGUGGUAAUUGUGAUUUGGGAUGAUGCCUUCACCAAAAAUUUUGUUAAUGCGGAUGAUAAGCAUCUGCUCCCAACGGAAAAAUAUAACAACUUCUUCUCAGAUACCGUUGCGUUGGCUGCCUCCGGAAGAGGCUCAGGUUUACCCACAAUGAAAGUCCAAGAUUUCAUCAAUCUAAAACAUGAACAUGGGACUUUCGACCGAGAGUUUAGACGAGCUCAACUUGUCUCGCUAUUUCAGCCUGUAGCUUUUGGUCGCUAUUCACGAAUGUACAAAGUUUGUGAAUACUUAUUUGGGAUCAGCCAUCCGUUGACCAUGAAGAUGGGUUACGUUUAUACCAAAUGUUUGGAUGCGGCCAAGCAAGGCACGAUCUUGAAGGCAGAGGCCGACUAUGACUUGAAACAAGAGUUUGAAGAAGCUAUUGGAGGUCUUAAAAAUGGGGUGAUUCCACUUCCAUACUGGACUUCAUAUGUUGACAUUUCGAAGGACGAGGGGAGCAGAGAGUGGAACACCGGCUCUAGAGAAAAUGAGAGGCAUUAUCUACCGCUGAAGAAAGACCAUGUUUUAGAGGCUAUUGCCUCCACCAGUCAAGAGGAAGGGCACAAGUUCCUCUUCACGUUGAAGAAUUUAGAAGUAGACUCUAAUGAUCCCUGUCUUAGUCUGCCGUGGCAGGAGUUUGAGAAAACUGUCAAGUCCAACCUGAAGCAUGCCCAUACCUUGCUGGAUUUCAUCAAGUCAAACGCCGAAGAAUGUUAUGACCAAUACCAGCAUGCAUUAUACCGUGAAUGCAGCCAAUAUAAGGUGUCGUCAACAUGGAAGGAAAGCAGACCCGACAAAUUCAACUUCGAAGCUGCCGGCAGGACCUUUUGGGUUGACGGUCGAUUUGAGAAUGCAGUCAAAGCAGUCGAAAAUGAUCGUCACUCACUUACUUUUCUUCGGGGAAAAGGGAUAAUUGAAUACAAUAAUAUCCGAGCUUCUGCAUUAGCAGCAAUCGCACCAGAACAAGACUUUUUUCCAUUCCACGUGGUAUUCAAUGAGCUUUGUCAGAUAAGAGCUUCGGCGGCAGAAAUCUGUUUCCAAGCUCAAUCUGGGAUCCACAGGAUAGGCCAUUGUCCCAAAUCUUUCGCUCCCGAAUUUUGGCAGGCCAUGAUGACCAAAAAGUCUCUCCUUCCGCCCGAGAAAUCUACUAUCCUGUAAUCUUCAUUUGUCUUUCUGCGGUGAUUGCUUUCUUUUAUCCAAGCCCUUCAAAAAGAGAAACUGAAAAAAAAAAAACGGCAAAACGGAUUCCAAGCUACUCUUGUAUUUUUACUGCUAGUUAUUUACCUGAUCAAACAUGGAAUCGGGGAUCAAGCUACGCAGAAGAGUUAUACCUGACUUUGUAAUUUUACGCGCCUUUCUGAACUGAACUCACAUACAUGACAAUGAAAGACAUCACAUAUCAAGAAUUUUAAAAUAAUCCUUCUA